GGAAGAGGGAAGUUCAGUUUGUUUACAUCGCGGGAGGAAAGCCUGUCGUGUUGUCUGAAGACAUACAUAAUGAAUGAAUACAGCUGACUUCUACUCUGUGAAGACUUCAGUUUGAUGUCUACACGUCUUAUUUACAUGAUCUUGCUUACGUCUUAAGUACAUUCACCUAGACAAGAAGCAGAAUGUCUCAGCUGCAGCCACUGAUCCAGCUCCAGCAAAUGACAGAGCCCCUGCUGCACAUCCAAGAGAUGCAGAUCUGGCUGGACAAAGCAGUGGCUUGGGGCCAGGCCGACAGCCCAGACACUCAGAGAGACACCUGCCUGCACUUGAGCAGACUGAGGGAUUUCCUCCAGCAACUCCUCACACACAUCAACAACAUGAACUCCACAACAGAGACCAUGAAGACGCUGCCCCUCUUAGGCCAGUUUCUUGGCCGACUCUGCUGGAACCCUUAUGUCACCGCUGAUGCUACAGGCAGAAGGCUGUUGUUCCAGUGCCUGUGGGGACUGUACUCAGAGCGUCCUGGCAAUGCUGUGGAAAGAAAAGCCAACCAGUGGAUACGGAAAGUGCUGUGUCAGCUUGCAACAGAAGACGACGAUGCUGCGGCACAGGCAGUAAUGAAGAGCAUGGGUGUACCACCUAAAGAGUACCAUCUAAAAGUUCUGAGAAAGAUGGUGGCACUGCUGCAGGAAAAUAUCGGGAAGAGCUGCAGUUCUUUUGGUGACAUAAAUCAGAGGUGUUCAUGUGACAACAUUCUGGCCACAUCAGAGGCUUGCAUCCCUCUGCUCACUUGUCCUGAGGCUGCUCCUCUCAUUGGUGCACUGCUGCAGCAGCCAGUGACUUGUGUCAGGGCAGCACUUAGUGAAGACUUCCUGGAUGCUCUGAGCUCUGCCUACUCCAGCCAAUGCUUGUCACUGGAGGAGCAGGCAGUGGUCUCUCUGUGGUAUCACAACCUGUCCAGCCUGGAAGAAGCAGUGCUCAGGUUGCUGGAGGAUGUGCUCACUAACGCAGGGUCUGCACCACAGAAGCUAGAGCAGCAAGUGGCACAGUCAAUGCUGCCUAAAGCCUGUGCUCAGCAUUGCUCCAUAUUCUUGGUUGUAAACGACAUCUUCAGGUCCGUCCUAAAGCAAGCUGAAGGGAACGAGUCCGUUAAGUAUCUCAUCCAAACCUUUACGGGGUGUUUCGUCAGGGAACUGGCACUGCUGCAACAUCAGACGAGUGUAUCUCUGAAGGCCUUGUUCCCACAGUCACCUCAGAGUCUGCUGGUUCCUCUGUUGACCCGGCCAUCAGAGAUGCCUCCGGAGGCUUGGAGACAUCAUCUGAACUGGCUCAGCGGCUCAUUACAGAGACUGACAGAGGAGGCAGAGGAGGGAGACGGAGACAGCAGCAGCAGCAGCCGCAGCACCAGGGGGCACCACAAAGUGUUUGAAGCCUGGUUCCUGCUGGUUCAGUGCGCCCACUGGGUGCAGGUGGCUGUCCAGGUGCUGGUGACAUCAGGGCCUGAGGACUGUGGCCCCCUCCUGUGGCUGCUGACCUUCUACUACCACCCCACCAACAGGGGGCACCAAAGAGCACAGCAGCUGGUAUGUGUCAGAGAAGUAUGGGACCACCUACGCUCCCUGUUCUUGGUCUCAGCUUGCCCUCUUCCUGUUGACCGGCUGCAGUCAUUGGUCACGCUGCUGUCAACACGACCUCAGCAAUCAUCACUGUCUCCAUUAUUGAUCCUCAACCUCGCAGUCAACUUUGCUGUUUUCGUCCAACAACCGCUGAGCGGAUCAACACAGAUUUUACAGACGGUGGUGGAUCGGUCUGGUUUGCUUGAUGAAGCAACGCGUCUUCUCAGCUCACUGGAGCUCAGACUGAAUGAAGGAAGCUGCUCAUCAAGCGAUGCUAACAGAGUUCAUCUCAGGAUCAAGGCACUUCACAACACACUAACACAUGCAUGCAGCAUCAGGCCCUGCCGAGAACCAGGCACACACGCUCACACACUCUAAAGCAGGUGAGAGCUCAUAUACACACACACACACACACACACACACACAUUAAUGCACAGAACCACACAGCAGUGAGUUCAUCCUCGGCUCAGGGUUUUUUCAGGGCACCUUUGCAGAAUGACAAAUAGCCAGCACGUUCUCUUGUGCAGAUAUGCUGCAGUGCAAUGACAGGAGUGUGUCAAAACAGCACAGCGAGGACAGAUUAUGUGGAGAGGCUACAAUUAUACGCACACACACACACAUAACGCAACUACAAGGCCCACAAGGACACUUGAGCAGUGACAGAUCACACUGCAAAGAAGCAGCAGCGCGUACAACAUGUCAAAGUCCUCCCACUCAUAUAAUUGUCUUACAAUAUAAAUCCUUCACAGCACACAUGCCGGCUGAAAGACAUUUAGGUUUGGGGGACAGGAAAAGCAAACGCCAGUUAUCUUUGCAUGAAUACUGUUUGUGUUCAGAUGUUAAUGUGUAAUGUGAUGUCACUUAUAUUUCUGUGUACAUUUCCUUUACUAUUGAUAAAGAUGUAGAAUGACUGUCCUUUUGUGUUUGAUCCAUGAUUUCAAGUGCAGACAUUUAAAAUUACCACUGGAGCCAGACAUUUGAGAAUAUCCUGCUUUAUGCAUCUACAACACACAAUACGACUACUGAUUGACUACUGCUGGAGCUUGACAGAAACAUAAACAGCAGCAUACUGUUUAUUUACAUUUCUUGUGCUGGCUAAGUAAAUGGUUUGGAUUUUUGGCAUCAUGCUGGAAAAUAUUUGUUUUCAGUCUGGUACACAAUGUACUUGUAAUCUGUGUACAGACUUGUUUUCCACCUUUAAAGGAACAGUGUGAAGGAGUAAGUGGCAUCUAUAGGUGAGGGCUGCAGACUGCAACCAGCUGAAACUUCUCCUGUGUGCUAAACAUGAACUCUGGGGUAGAUUUUCUGUAGUGUUCUUUGUUUAGUAGAUUUUGUUUCGCAGAUUAUAAACUAAAGAAAACACUUCUUACAUUAUAUUCAAUUUCUGCCAAUAUAUCCCCCUAAAUCCUACACACUGGACCUUUAAAGGUAAAAAAAAAAAAGUGGACUAAAUAUUGGAGUAAUUACCGGAGUUUAAUGGAAAGGGCAUGCCUUGUUUUGUAACAAACACUGCCAUCCUUAUUCAAUAAAUAUUUUGAAGUCAUAUUGAUACAGAUCUGAGUUUAAAUGAUUUGAUCUCUUGGAGGGAAACUGUAGUUUAGCAUCGCACAUUAGUACAGUUUGUGCAGGAACCUUUUUUCAAUACAGAAUCUAAUUGAAAUUUUCUUCCCUGGGUUUGUGAGCAAAAUAUACACUUGGAUUACACUCCUAACCUAAUACAUUACAUAACCAAUGUUUAGUUCACUUAUACAGAUGUUUAUGAAAUCUGAUAAGUUAAUCUGGUUUAGAUAUUUAUACCUAGUUCCGUAUAAAACCAGUAUAAUAGGCA